AUGGGUUUCUUGUUUUUCUGCCAUCUGGCACUGCUCACCAUUGCAAAUUGUCAGGCACAAAAUGCUACUAACCAAACGGAGGUGUAUUCAACCAACAAUUCACUGGCAAGCCCAAACGCAAGCAUCACAGAAACUGUAACAAACAUCACAGAAACUGUCAUAAACGAUCCAGCUGGAAUUGAUGAAGGUGAUAGCGGUAAAGCCGAUGAUCUUGCAGACUACAUCAAGCAGAAAUUUGGGGAGAUCAUUGGUUUAUCACAAGAUGAAGCUGAGCCCAUCCAGGAAUCUGCCACUACUCCGAACAUCGAAGAUCUUAGUAACUGCAGCGUGCCGGUUGUUCUCGAUCAUUUCUGUGAGGGUGUCCCAGACAAUGUGUUCGCUUACUUUAAAUACAACAUGUCUUUGCCCGGUAUUCUGGCGUCGAUAUUUACACCAGAAAUAGUUGGAACUCUCCAGUUGAACUGCACCACAGGAAGUUGGUGCUUGCCCCAAAUCUUCCAUCAGGAUGUCAUAAGCAGCAAGGCUCGCUUUUAUGUGGAAAGUCCAUUCUGUUCCGAUGCCAUGUGGUCAUGCCUAAAGAACAUGCAAGACAAGCGAGUCAACUGCAGUGAUGAGUGGCUGGAUUUCCUGGUGAGCACGGUCAUACUGCUCUGUGACUUGGAGGGUUCGGGCGAUCUGAGUCAGGAGUGCUACGCUCGCACUGUGGAGGGUCUUUACGUCACAUUCGCGGAUCUGACAAACCCAGCGGGAUCGCAAACAUCCAAACUGAAACAAGCAGAUUGUAAUGACUACAAAGUUCAGAUGACGAAGACCUACUUGUGUGCUGAUGAUGUUUGUAAUUACGACCAGAAUUUGUUACUAGAGGAAUUCCUACCAUGGGUUGACUUGGCCCGUGAAGCCGCCGAUGUAGCCCAGAACUGCAACAUUACCCGUACAUGCCAGUCAGACUAUGAGGCAGAAGACACUGAGUUCCCUUACAAUUACUAUGAUAAUUAUCCAAGCUAUACCGAAUACAAUGAAGACAGCGAUGAAUACGGCAGUGAAUCUUAUGGGGACGAUCAAAAACAGGAAGAAAACGAGGUCGUGCAAGGUGAUAUCUCACAGGAAGGCAAACAAAGCACCGGAAAUGACAUCAUAUUGGAAAACAGUAACGUCCCGGAGCAAAAUUAUGACAGCGAUGAAGGACAAGAUAUUGUCAGCAGCAGUGAAGGUGGUCAAAAUGAGGACGAUGGACUCAACGCUGGCGCGAAUGACGGAUACGAUACAGACGACCGGUCAAUGUUGCUGGGACUGAUCGUCAUGACGACGGCCUUGCUCUUUGGUUUCGUGGGGCUGGCAUUCAUUGUCUACAGACGAUUCAAACGAGGCAAGAACUACAAGUGGGGAUAUUCCCAGCUGAUAAACCAGGAGCAGAAACUGGUGCAGAACGACUACAAAUAG